GGGCAAAAAUUGUGUCCUGAGACGAUGGAAAACUAUGUGGCGGCGAUGGUGCUGAGCGCAGUUGGUGACACGCUGGGCUAUUACAAUGGGAAAUGGGAGUUCCUGCAGAGUGGCCCAGCCAUCCACAAGGAGCUGGCAGAGAUGGGGGGACUCGGCAACCUCAGCAUCCAAGGUUGGAAGGUCAGCGAUGACACAGUGAUGCACUUGGCCACAGCCGAAGCCCUGGUAGCUGCUGGGAAAAACCAAAGUUUAAAGCAUCUCUAUUCCCUGAUUGCAAAGAACUACAGGGAGUGCAUGAAUGACAUGAUGGGCAGAGCUCCAGGUGCCACAUGUCAGGAAAACGCGCUGAAGCUGAAUCCAUCGCAGCCGAACGGCUGGAGGAUCCCCUUCAGCCCCAGGGCGGCAGGCUGCGGGGCUGCCAUGCGCUCCAUGUGCAUUGGGCUGCGUUUCUGCCACCCUGCUGAGCUGGAAACCCUGGUCCAAGUCAGCAUUGAGAGUGGCCGAAUGACCCACCACCACCCCACCGGCUACCUGGGGUCCCUGGCUUCGGCCCUUUUCACGGCUUUCGCGGUGAACGGUGUGCCCCCCCUGGCCUGGGGGAAGAAGCUGCUGGAGGUGCUGCCGCAGGCAAAAGCCUACGUGCAGGACACCGGCUUCUUCGUGAAGGAGAACAUGGGGCAAUGGCGUUACUUUGAAGAGCAAUGGGAAAAAUAUCUGGUGGAGAGAGGCAUAUCAGACGGGGUCUCGCUGCCCACCUUCCCCCCCAAGUACGGCGUGGAAGAGAGAGACUCGUUCUACACCUCGCUCAGCUACAGUGGCUGGGGGGGCAGCAGUGGGCACGCUUACGACGCACUGCUGGGCGCGGGGGACUCCUGGACAGAGCUGGCUCACCGCGCUUUCUUCCACGGGGGUGACAGCGACUCCACCGCCACUAUUGCGGCCUGCUGGUGGGGGGCCAUGUAUGGUUUCCGGGGGGUCAGCGCCUCCCUCUACGCCCACCUGGAGUACAGGGACCGCCUGGAGCAGGUGGCCAAGGACUUGUACCGCAUCGCCGAGGCGGCGGGCGGCAGGGCCCCCCGGGGGCACGCUUACCCCGCCUGCCGCCCCUAG